GAGAGCAGACAGAUCGUGUGGUGGGUGCUGAAUUGGGAAGGCCUCGUCUUGCUGGAUUUGGAGCCAAGGAGGAGGGAAGGGGCCGGGGAGCUAGCUGGAUUUGGGAGGAGUAGCUAGAAGAGCCGGAAGAGAGAGAUGGGUCGCGGCAAGGUGGUGUUGCAGCGGAUCGAGAACAAGAUCAGCCGCCAGGUGACGUUCGCCAAGCGCCGCAACGGCCUGCUCAAGAAGGCCUACGAGCUCUCCAUCCUCUGCGACGCCGAGGUCGCGCUCGUCCUCUUCUCCCACGCCGGCCGCCUCUACCAGUUCUCCUCCUCCUCAAAUAUGCUUAAGACCCUCGAGAGGUACCAGAGGUACAUUUAUGCUUCUCAAGAUGCUGUGGUGCCGACUAGUGAUGAGAUGCAGAACAACUAUCUGGAAUAUAUGGAGCUCAAGGCACGUGUUGAGGUUUUACAGAACUCGCAAAGGAAUCUUCUAGGUGAGGACUUGGCUCCACUUGGUACAACCGAGCUUGAUCAGCUUGAGAGUCAAGUAGGCAAAACCUUGAGGCAAAUAAGAUCAAGAAAGACCCAAGUACAACUCGACGAACUCUGCGACUUAAAGAGAAAGGAACAAAUGCUAGAGGAUGCAAACCUGACCCUGAAAAGAAAGCUAGACGAGAUCCCGGUGGAGGCAGCGGCUCCCCCACAGCUGCCGUGGCAGGGCGACCGCGGCGUGCCGUCCCAUGCGCCUCUUCCGCAGCCAGACCACUUCUUCCAGGCCCUAGAAUGCAACCCCUCCCUGCAGCCAGCGUUUCGUGGCAUGGACGUGAACCAACCGCCGCCUGCAUGGAUGGCAUAGCACUUGGCCGCAUUUACCGUUUGGAUUGAGCAAUUUCUACAUGUUACAACUGCAAGUAACAUGGCUGCAUCUGUGUUCUGCGUGUGCUGCUACGUAUCAACCCUGCUGCUUUUGUCGUCGUUCUCCUCUUCAGUGCUCGCCCGAGUCCGAACGACUGCCUUCAAGUAAUGAGUACAGGGCUAAGGGCUUUGCUUGAUUUGCUCGUCAACUGUUAUAUUGCUGCUCAUUUUGUUCAGAAAGGUAAGCGAAAACAGUUUUACCGGCCCUUUGGGAUUUUACCUCACUUGCAAAUUAAUGAAACCUUCGCGGUGUGUAGUGGAGCAAGCUAA